AUGGAUGCAACGGAGUGGAUCGAAGCCUUCAUCCGAGGGCUGAUGUGUCUGCUCGGGAUCCUGGGGAACAACUGGCUUUGUCUCCGUUCUCUCCCCGGACCCAAGUCCAGUCUCCGCACCAAUGAGGUCCUCUUCAUCAACCUGGCCGUCUCCAACCUCAUCACCAACUACCUGGUGGACCUGCCCGAUACCAUGGCUGACUUUGUUGGCUACUGGUUCCUGGGGGAAGCCUACUGCUGUGUGGUCCAGUUCUGCUCUGACCUGUCAGAGACCAGCAGUGUCUUCUCCACCUUGUUUAUUUGUGUGUUCUGGCACCAGAAGCUGGUGGGCUCUCUGAAACGCGGAGGAGCUCCAAUCCAGCUGGAUAGCCUCCGUCUCGUAGCCUGUCUCCUGGCUGGCAGUUGGACAGUGGCUGUGGUAUUCAGUGUUCCACAAUUAUUCUUUGUCCGGUUGGAGAGUGGUAAUGAGAGCCACGAUGACUGUAUAGAACUCUUUCCCUCCCAAACUGCAAGGCAGACCUAUGAGCCGUUGUAUCUGACCUUCGCUAACGCCCUCCCCAUCACUGGUAUAGCGUUUGCUAGCAUCCAGAUUGUGAUCACUCUGCUAAGGCACCAGGCACAUAUCCAGGGCCUGACUUCGGAUCAUCACAAGGGGACAGCUAAUUCUUUACCUAACAAUGGACCCUCAGUUGUUCACAGCUCGAUCAGUUCCCCCCUCUACCAGGUCGAGAUUGGGGACAGCAUAGUCAGAGCUCCACCCGAUCUGAAGAGGUCCUCUCAGCCUCCAGCUAAGCCCAGCCCAGGGUCAGGUACUCAGGUGAGGGCAGCCAAGAGCGUGGUGGCUGUGGCCACUGUGUUUGUGGUAUGCUGGGUGACCCACCUGCUGCUGAUGAUGGCCAGCAACAUCCACACGUCCUCCUUGGUGUUGGAGCUGGCCAGCUACAUCGGAUCCUCUUACACCUGUAUCAUCCCCUACAUCUUCCUCUAUGGAGUAAAAAAACUGUCUUUCUCCUGCAGAGGGUAG